AUGUACGGAGAAUCUCGUAAUAACGUUAAAGUUAUACUUAAGGAGGCAGCAAUAAACCAUCUACCUGAUGAAGUUAAAGCUCAUAAGAAUAAUCCAGGUUCUCUUUGGAAAAUAAUUAAUAAUACUAUACCUGCGAAAGAGAAGGAAAAAUAUAUCUAUAGGAAAGAUCUCAAGUCGAUUGUUGAAGAUUUUAAUAACUACUUCAUCUCAGUUGGAAAAAUCACCGCCGCUACAGCAUUAGAUCUAUAG